CUCCGGCUGGACAACUGGAGCUGCGACGCAACUACGCGCAAGUCCAAAUGCGACACAACUCACAGAUGGAGGCUGUGGUCUGACUGACUGACUGUCUGACUGUCUGACUCUGACUGACUGACUGGAAGUGACUGGCUGAUCAGCGGAAACUUUCUUUGGAUCAAUGUUUUGGAGAUUUACCGAAUGCGUCCGCUAGAGAUCAACACAACUGGGAUCCGAGAAAUAAAUGGGACAACAAAAAUCGCGAGAACUUGAAUUGCUCCGGUUGUGUGCACGGUUCAGUUUGGCCAACUUUGUGCACUAGCACCCUCCGAUCUGCCUCAAUCUGUCCGUGCGGGCGCAGCAGCAGCAGAGGAGGAGGCGGCUGGAUGUGGCAGGAGUCGGGUCACUGAGCUGCAACGAGCCGGGUGCGAGUUUUCCCAGUCCACAAGUCCCCAAUGUCACCGGACAGGAUGAUGAUCUUUGGACUUCUGCUCAGUGUCUUCUCUCAUGGUAGUGUGCCGGUAUCUGCAUCCUUAGACUGUCUGGUGGCGGAACAGGGCUGCAUCCAGGAGCAGUCCUGCAUGGUGCUCUAUCGACUGCUGGAGUACUGUGCGGCUGAGGAGGCCGUGUCGCCUCUGGGCCCAGAUGCCCGUUUGGAGUGCCUGGAGGCCCAGAACUCCUUGCAGCAUUACCGCCCCCUUCAAGUUUGCAAGUGUCAGCGUGGCUCUCGCAGGGAGGAACACUGCCUGAGGGUCUACUGGACUGUGCGAUUUGCAGCAUAUGAUGAGUAUGAAGUGUCUCCAUAUGAAGAAUUGCAGUUAAAUCUGGUGAGAAACAUUGAGAUGUCACGGAUGGCCUCCAUCAUGGCAGCUUCCUCUCUUUCUGUGGACGGCCAAAACCAGUGUCUGAAGGCAGCCCAGGACUGUGGCCUGUAUGAGAAAUGUGGCUCCCUGCGAUCAGAAUAUGUUGUGGCCUGCACCAAGCGAGCAACAGUCUCUGACAACAGCUGUAACCGCCAGAAAUGCCACAAAGCCCUGCGGCGUUUCCUGGAGCGCGUGCCAGAGGAAUACAGCUUCGCUCUGCUCUUCUGUCCCUGCUCUGACACUCUGUGUGGGGAGCGCCGGAGGAAAACCAUUGUCCCCUCGUGUUCCUAUGAGGAGAAUGGGAGAGGGGAGGAAAGAGUGGGCAAGCCCAACUGCCUCAGCCUGCAGAACUACUGCUCCAGAGACGAGCUGUGUAGAUCACGGCUCGCUGAUUUCCAACACAACUGCCAGCCCUCCCCUCUGUCUGCCUCUGGCUGUAUGCGAGAGAGCAGAGCCAUGUGCCUCAAGGCCUACGCUGGACUCAUAGGCACCAUCAUGACUCCAAACUAUGUGAGCAACAGCAGCACAGAAGUGUCCCAGUGGUGCACAUGUGAUGGCAGUGGGAAUGAAUGGCAGGGAUGUCAGCGCAUCCUGCACAUGUUCAGCAACAACAUAUGUCUGCGCAAUGCCAUCAGCUCCAUGGGAAUCUCCGCACCUCCUCCUGUGGAAAACAUUCCCGUGCCAGCUUCACAGCCCUCCCCGCGCAUCUACCAGGAGAGGGUCCACGUCAGCGUUAACACUCUCCCUGAAUUCAACAGUAUGGAGGACAGCGAGGAAGAGGAGCAGGAGGAGGAGGAGGAGGAGGAGAGCGAGAAAUUCAACGUCAUCCCGCCGUAUUCUGAAAAGGACUCUAACAUCGAGUCGGGGGCUAGAGGGAGUAAACGGGGAGCAGCUAGCCGAGCAGUACCUGUGUUAUCAUUACUGCUUCUGCCUGCACUCAUCCUGGACUGGGAGUGUCGGAGCUAUUGAAUACUCCGUCUCAUCCCCUGCACAUAUUUUACACUCGCUACCACUUUCAAAUCCAUCACAGCACUCAGAACGAACCACAGAGGAUAUUUGCGAGGAAGAAAUGCUUCAUUUCUUUUUUUUCUUUUUUUUUUAAAUACCCUGACUUUAUUUCAUGAUUCAGUUUCUCCUAUCACUGCCUCCUCAAGAGUUAAAAGAUAUCAGUAGUCCCGCAGUAUCUGCCGUGUCACUGCUCGAGUCCUCUCCUAUGAAAUGAAGGGAACAACGUGAGCAGAUAUAUGAGUGCAUGGGUGAAUUUAGAAAUGCUGCCUGGGCAAAUACUCUAUCUAGAGCCUGCUUCACACUCAAAAGUACAUCCCCUCUUUUAACAAGAAGCACAUCGCCUUAGGCCACAUCCACUAUACACCCUCCCAAAAACCAUAACCAGUCUACUCCACUGCAACCAGGCCCGAGCACGACUUUUGAUUUCUAUUUCAUGACUCAUGUCACAUCCGUUUCUCUGUUGCCCCUUCGGCUCUUCCUCUGCUUCCUUCAUACUAUGGUUGAGUAAGAUAAUCCACUUUACAACAAGUUAAUAAGAAACUGCACCACACUUAAACAGCUUUGUACAAUUGGGAAAAAAAGAACGUUUUAAAAUGGCUUAAUUUAAAAACUGAUAAGACACGAACCAAUGUGUUGUCACAUUAUGUACGAGAGAUCUUAUGCCUUUUCAGCCUUUGCUUCCUUUCACUUUGUGCACCAUAAAGUAGAGAGCUACAGUCGCUCUGAUCUGCUUCUUUUGUUAACACGCCACUUAGUAUUAUUCCUACCAGGGUGAAUGGCUGAGAAUUCAACCACGGGCAAAAGUAAUGAGAUCAAAUUCUAUUGUAGAAAUGACAAGCAGAGAAAAGCAACAGGAGCAAUUAUAGCACAAUUUAAAUUGCUCAGCAUGCAGGGGAAGUCUGGAGUAAGGCUCAGGGGAGGAAAUAGCCAAUUUACUGCUGUCAUACCCUCUCUUUUUUAUCCUUAGGAGGUGUGUUUUUAGUGCUCCUUCCCCAUUACAUGCUUUAGAUGUUGUGAGAGCGAGAUACAGAGAUAGGGACGGACACAGGAGGCUGUGAAGCCUGCUGGCUGCUCUGAUCAUUGAGCAGCACAUAGAGCCAUUCUCUCUGCCUGAAAUAGCUUUUGCUGAUGUUAAUGAUUUUUUUCUCUUAUGGCUCAUUUUCUUGUGAAAUUACGCAGCUGUAGGGCUGUAGGUAAAGAGAAGUAAAGUGAAAUUUUUGUUCAAGCAUAGUUUGCAAGAAACAACCUGUCUGAGCUCUGUGUUAUAUUGUGCUUAUACAUUGAUUUUACUUUUAAAAAGUGUUGUAUGUAAUGUAAUAAUAUCAGUCCUACAAUGGUGGGUGACUUCAAACAGCAGUCCAUCAACCUCACCGUCUUCAAACAGAUCAGAACUGAACAUUUACUAAAUAAAUCCAUUCUUGGAUGUUUGAAUAUCACUUGAGGAGGCAGUAUGCCCCCCUUCCACUUUUUUGCCCUCCCACUUCUGGACUUGUUUACAUGAUGGUUUCUUGACAUGAACUUUUGAUAGGGACACAUAAAGGCAGAAACGCACUGGAAGCGUCGGAGCUAUGCUUCUGCAAGUCCAUCACUACUUCAAACUUGAGUUUGAUUUUUAGAAGUCAAAAGAAGACUCAAAUGGAUGUUGUAAGGUUAGCAGAGCUGUAGUGACUGUUGCCCACCUCAGAGCAAAAUGACAUCAUGCAGGCUUUUAACCACUUUCUUAUUGAGGGUUUGGCUGCAGGAAAGUAAGAAGUAGGUGAGGAAAAGGCCAGUUAACAAAGCU